AUGGCCGAUGACACUGCUUAUACCGAUCAAUACAACGGCGGGUCCCUGGUGGUCACUGCUGUGCUCUUCCUCGUCUUGACAUGGCUGUCUGUAGCCCUCCGCACUUAUGUGCGAGCCUUCAUGACAAAAGCCUUUGAGCUUGACGACUGGCUCAUGUUAGCAGCACAGGCAAACUUUACUGUGUCCUGUGGCUUUAUAUUAGCUGGUGUCACUAUCACCAAAGCGCUUGGGAGGCAUAACUCGACCCUGCCCCAGUGGAAGCAGAUUGCAGGCGCAAAAACACAAGCCGUCGCAACAGCCACAUACAUCACAAACAUGAUGUUCAUCAAGCUCAGCAUAGGCUUCUUUCUCUUGAGGCUCGCCACCCAGAGGCGUUUCAAGUGGAUCAUCUGGGUCAGCAUGGCCAUCGUCUUGUUAUGGUCCACCGCCCUCUUCUUCUGGGACGUUUUCCAGUGCCAGCCCGUCGCCGCCCAGUGGGAUACGACCAUACCCAACUACACGUGCGUCUCAGCGACCCAGGUGGUGAAUGCCGCGUACGCCCUUUCGGUCCUGAACAUCGUCACCGACUGGCUGUAUGCCCUGCUUCCCAUUCCGAUGAUAUGGAAGGCCAAAAUGACUGUGCAGACCAAGAUCACGGUUGCUUUGAUCUUGGGCUUGGGGGUCUUUGCUUCCGUUGCCACCCUCAUCAGAGUCAAGUUCUUGGCAAACCUAACAGACGUCGAUGAUAUUCUCUAUGCCGGCACAGACGCCAUGGUGUGGACCCUUGUCGAGCCAGGCGUCGCAAUCGUCGCGUCCUCCCUCGUCACCAUACGACCUUUACUCCGCCAGAUGCGCCUCCGCGGCUUCGAGUCCUCCGAGCGGAGCCGCAGCCGGAGC